UCUCCCGCCUGAGUAAGACCGGUGCAUCCGCGGCGAAACGUUCUCACUGACGAGCCUUCCAAGUUUUAACAAGCCUCUAGCAGAACCGAUACCGUAGUGUUUCUAUUUCCAAGACGUUUUUGUGAAGUGCAACGCCUCGUCUCCUUAUAAAAGUGAUCAAAAGUUUGUACGGUACUAUGAAGUCUGGGGAUAUAGCAGAGUGGUAUUCAGGAAGAAGUAUAUUGAUCACUGGAGGUACUGGCUUUAUGGGAAAGGUGCUCUUGGAAAAAUUGCUCAGAGCUUGCCCAGGGAUCAAAUGCAUCUAUAUCCUAUGUAGAGCCAAGCGUGGGUUCUCCCCGGCUGCCAGAGUGAGCGAAAUCGUUAAGUUACCGCUGUUCGACCGUCUACGCAAGGAGAAUCCAGGAGUACUGAAAAAACUAGUGGCUGUGGAAGGGGACCUAACUGCUCAGGAUCUGGGACUCCGCCCAGACCAGAAACAGGUCCUAAACCAAGAGGUCUCUGUGGUGAUCAAUGGAGCUGCAUCUCUCAGGUUGGAAUGGGGGCUAAAGGCAGCGGUAGAGAGCAACACCUUGGGAACACUCCGGGUCUUGGAAUUAGCGGCGCAGAUGUCGAAACUUGAGGCCCUGGUGCACUUGUCCACGGCAUUUUGCCACUGCGAGUACGAAACUCUGGAGGAGGUGACCUACCCCUCCCCAGCCAACCCACACGACAUCAUCCGCGUCUGCCAGUGGAUGGAUGACACCACCCUCGAGAUCAUCACACCCAGGCUGCUGGGGCCCCACCCUAACUGUUACACCUACUCCAAGAGACUAGCCGAAUCUUUAGUGAGUGAAUAUGGAGCUAUCAUUCCCUGUGCCAUCGCAAGGCCGUCAAUAGUGACUCCAGCAUUGCGAGAGCCUAUGCCAGGAUGGGUAGACUCCCUGAAUGGUCCAGUGGGAGUGGUAGUAGGGGCUGGCAAAGGCGUUAUCCGCUCAAUGCUCUGUGGAGAACACAACAAGGCCGAAGUGAUACCUGUGGAUGUGGCUAUCAACGCUAUCAUCGCUAUCGCCCACAAGCGAGCCACACAACAUAUGGAGUUAGAAGAUCCGGUGCCCGCAUACAACAUAUCUUGUGGCGAAGUGGCUCCUAUAACCUGGGGCGAGGUUUUGAAGAGGGGAAAGAGUUUCGGCUACAACUACCCCUUUGAGAGUAUUCUCUGGUACCCGAAUGGCACGAUAAGAACCAACCGCCUCAUCCACGGGCUUGUGGUUAUCCUGCUCCAAGUCCUGCCUGCCUACUUCAUCGACUUCCUCAUGGUGCUCUUCCGGCAGAAACGAUUCAUGGUAAGAGUGCAAAAGCGGAUCUCUGUGGGGAUGGAAGUUCUGCAGUACUUCACAAUGCGCAACUGGCACUUCAAGUCUGACCGCACAAGAGCACUCACCGAUGGUAUGUCGGAGAGAGACAGGCAGACCUUCUUCCUGGCCAACGUAGAGUAUGACGUGGAUGAGUACCUGGUCAACAUCGUGUUGGGGGCCAGGCAGUACUGCAUGAAGGAGCCGCUCAGCAGCCUACCUACGGCCAGGAAACACCUGAUGUGGCUGUUCUGGCUGGACUGUGCUACCAAGGCGGUGCUGGCAGUUUUACUAGGAUGGCUACUCAUGGGUUGGAUAGAGACUACUCGCUCCUUCCUGGACUACUCAGGAGUGCAGCUGCAGAGGAUGCCUUUUAUCAAAGUGUUCAUACCUAAGUAGUUGGUCCAGGAAAUACCCAAUGCUGCCUAGGCUAUUUGUGAUUUGAAACAUGUGUACUAUACUAUAACUUUGGAAAGAAUGUAGUUUUUAGUGUUUAGACGUACGUAUUUGAUAACUGUUCUUUGGAUAAGCUAAAAACAACUUUAAUGUUAUUUAGCUUUUAUUAAUUAUAUAAUUAUAAGGGGUAUUGAAUAUUAUAAAGCUUCCAGACAAAUUCAAAAAUUAAAUAAUUAAACCGUCAACUGUAUAAAGAAUUAGUAAUAGAACUUAUUCAGCAGCA